AUGGCUUCUUUGAAACCGAUCCCAUCCACCCGGUUAAACGAUGGAACUUUAAUUCCAGUGGUGGGAUUCGGAACCGGCACUGCUUGGUUUAAAAGAGGCGAAGACACCACCGUCAACCGCGAAUUAGUCGAGUCAAUCAAAACAGCUAUUAAAUUAGGAUAUUACCACUUGGAUGGCGCCGAAGUCUACGGCACGGAGCGGGAACUAGGCGUUGCAAUCAAAGAGAGUGGUGUCCCGCGAGAAAAGUUAUUUGUGACAACAAAGGUCAAUCAAAAUAUCGACGAUAUUUCCAAGGCAAUCGAUGCCAGCUUGGAGAAGCUCCAACUGAGCUAUGUUGACCUUUACUUAAUACAUCAACCUUUCUUCGCCAAAUCCCCAACUGAGCUUCAGGAUGCUUGGGCUGCUAUGGAGAAGGUGAAGGAAGCUGGCAGAACUCGCGCCAUUGGAGUAUCCAAUUUCCUUGAGAGUCAUCUGGAGACAAUCUCACAAGCUGCAAAGAUUCCGCCAGCAAUCAAUCAGAUUGAAUAUCAUCCAUACCUGCAGCAUGGUUCUCUCGUCUCAUACCACGAAAAAAGAGAAAUUGCAACAGCCAGUUAUGGGCCGCUCACGCCGAUCAUUCGCGCCAAAGGAGGCCCCUUGGACUCGCUCCUGUCGAAAUUAGCAGAGAAGUAUGGCGUUAAAGAGGGAGAAAUUCUUUUGAGAUGGUCGAUUGACCGAGGCACUGUGUCUAUCACAACCAGCGGGAAAGAAUCACGUCUUAGUACUUAUCUGGAUGUCCUCAAAUUCCAGCUGACACCUGAGGAGGUGGAUGAGAUUUCCCGCCUUGGUGAACAGAAGCAUUAUAGAGCUUUUUGGCAAGAGAAAUUUGCGGCCGAUGAUAGGUCGUAG